GAAUGCAGUUAUUGCACCGACGCUGCCUGUGCCUCACCUUCUCACUACACGCAGUACACGUUAACGGUCAUUGACAUCUACUGUAGGGCUGAAAUGAGUAAUGAAGAAUGCAAUGCCCUAACUGUCGAUGUGGAAGUUCUCCUCGUUUGCGAUGACUCAAACUGGGACAAUGUUAAGGUGGCUCAACGGCAAAAUGCAGUCCUACUUCCUCACGGAUGCGGUAUUGUAGAACUCGCACGUCCGACUAGCACGACAGGCAUCAUCUACGUCCACCACGCUCACCAUUGUGAGGCGUUGGAUGGAACAGAGCAUGCACCGGAUAUCUUCGAUGAUGGCGAACGGAAUUAG